AUGCCGGUCGAGCAGCUGGUCCAAUCCCUGUGCGACACCAAGCAAGGGUACACUCAGUUUGGUGGGCUUCGCCCGUUUGGCGUCUCGUUCCUGUUUGCAGGCUGGGACAAAAACUAUGGGUUCCAGCUGUACAUGAGCGACCCAAGUGGGAACUACAGCGGCUGGAAGGCUGCUGCUAUUGGGGCAAAUAAUCAGGCAGCUCAGUCAAUGCUGAAGCAGGACUAUAAGGAUGAGAUCACGAGGGAGGAGGCGAUUGAGCUUGCUCUCAAGGUGCUUAGCAAGACAAUGGAUAGCACGAGCCUCACGUCCGAGAAGCUUGAGCUUGCUGAGUUGUUUGUGUCUAAUGGGAAGGUGAAGUAUCAGGUGUGCUCUCCCGAGGCACUGAGUAAGCUGUUGCUCAAGUCUGGGGUUACACAGCCUGCAGCUGCCGAGGCAUCAUGA